GCAUUUUUAGUUUUCCAACAAAUUGAUUUUCUCUGCAUUUGCCUGGCCACCAUGUACCCAGAUUUUCCAAAAAUUAGAAACCUCGUCGCAGUCUUUCUUGUGCCACGAGCUCUGCACAUUUGGCUUCUCAUCGACUCACAGACGGGAUACGCGCAAUCGUGUACAGACGUCAUUCAACGCACCAAGAAGCUGAUCAUAAAGAGCAAUAGAGACGGACACAGCACGCAGAAAAUAUGGCAUCUGCGCGGCAUCCAAAAUGAGCUGGAGCGCAUGCCUCGCUUCACGAUCUUUGGGCUCUUCGAGCUGGGCCGACACUGCCUCCUGUCGAUGCUUUCAUUGCUUCUAACGUACGUCAUCAUCGUUGCACAGUUCGUGAUGAGCUCCAAUCCCGUGACAUGCAGCAACGUACAGCAUCUCUAUUCGUCAAAGGAUCGAGAGCCAGUUUCUCACGUUUGAUCGUGUUAUCGCCUUUCAGCCUUACACGUUAAGAACAACAUAGAAUAUUGAUAAUAUGCAGGUUUAAAUACGAGUACUUAACUGGUUUUGAAUGUGAAAAAUAAUCUAUCAAUGAGAGUUGGAAUUCCGCACCAUUGCGUUUACAUUUUAUUCUUUCAUGCUGUAAAAAAAAGUUUAACGAUAUUGAUUGCUAGAUGAUGAUUCUUGUAUUCGAAUUUUACGGUCAUUCUAUCCGCCAUUUAUUGGUGACUAUAGAUAUAUUUCGUGUUAUAGUGCAAGCAGCUCGCACCACAGGCUAGUGAACACUGAGCAAUUGCCAGACCGCCGUUAAAUCAAAACGAUGGGUUAUACUAUUUCUGCCAAAGAUAAGCUAGGAUAGUGACAAGUUGACGCUCACAUAUAAUAUCAUCCAGGCAGGAGCAAACGAUAAUUCUACGCGGUAAAUAGUAUAAUAAUUUGAAGCACAAAAUGCUUAAAUAAUGCAUAAACUAGGCAAAAUACGAGACAAGUUAUACUUAUUUACUGCGCAAAGAAUUUCAAUAAGUAAAUGCUUGCAAAAAAACUCUCUGGCACUGUAUUUUCUUCUAUCUAGGUGAGCAUAGCUGCUUUAAACUCGUAGCACAAAAUGGAGGUUGGAUAAAAAUCUAUAGAUAGUAAACAUGAAGAAUUUAGGUGAAAUUCUUCGGAAUGCAUUUCAUAUUCAACUAUGAUGCUAUAUGAUUUCUGUAAUACACAAAUUCUUAAUUAGGAGGAGGAUCUUUCUCUCCACGUUAUUCAGCACCGCUAAA